AUGGCUCAACAUCUGUCAACGUUGGCUACUACGAGUAAUGUAGGAGUGAUAGUUAAUAAAUGGCAAACUUUUCGUAAAACAAAUGAACCUUCAUUAAUUUUAUCACAAGAAGAACAACGAAUACAAAAUUAUUUAGAACGUCAUCGUUUAUUAUCUCCAAAAGUUGAACGAUGUCUACAAGAAUUAGUUGAACGUGUAUAUAAAUGUAAUACAUCAUUUAAUUUUGAAUUACUUGCACCACCUUCAUCUAAUUUAUCAUCUUAUUUUGUAAAUGAAAAUAAAGAAUUUUAUUUUGAUUUUUAUAUUGUAUGGAAAAAUCAUGGUAAAAUUAAAAUUGAAAGAGAUUUAUCAUCAAUAUGUUGUAAAAUAAAAUAUAUUGAUCGUUUAAUACGAUGGUCACGUGCUGAACAAGAUCGUCUUUUAAUAUCAAAUGUUGAUAGAAAAAGAUCACGUUUUUUAAAUGGACGUGGUAUACGUGAUUUAUUUUUUGAAACACUUCAUAAUGUAUCUCCUGAUUUAAUACGUCUUGACUUUUUUGAACAUCUUAUCUAUUUUGAUUUAAUCAUACCUUUAUUACCAGAAAAACUUAUAUGUCAUGUAACACUUCUUCCAUGUAUACAUUUAUCACAAGAAAAUGAAGUUUUACUUCCAUUUGGUACACUUCGUUGGUAUCCAAGAUCACUUUUAUCAUCAAAAGAAAAUUCUAUAUUAACUUUGUUUCAACAACCAUUACACAAUCUAUCUAUUCGUCGUUAUAUAUCAGCAACCGAUGUUAUUGAUGAAUUAUCAAAAAUUACAAAACAAGAUCAACAGGCAUUUGCACGUGUUCGUACAAUUAUACAUGAAUUAUUCUUAGAAUGUACAUUGGAACAUGUUGAUUGUAUUGAACAAAUUCAACGUCCUUUUGACAAUGAUCAUGAUAAUACAAAAAAAGUUUUCUUUAUACCACAUCGAUUAGAUCGAAAUUGUGAUGUAUUUCCAGCUGGACAAUAUUUAUUGGAUGAUACAAAAGCUAAACGAUUUUUUAGAGAAUUCUUACGAACGAAUAUAAAAACUUCACAUGAUGAUCACACAAAUAAUAAUCAAACGAUGCAUUGA